AUGUUCACAGGUCUAGUUGAAACGAUCGGCACCGUCACGUCCCUGACGACACUCGACCCCUCACAAUCCGGCGGCAACGGCACGUCUCUGACGAUAUCGGACUGUGCGUCGAUCCUGACGGACGCGCAGCUAGGCGACUCGAUCUCGGUGAAUGGGACAUGCCUGACGGUGACCGAGUUCGACAGCGCCAGCUUCAAGGUCGGCGUGGCGCCCGAGACCCUACGCCGGACAAACCUGGGCCGUCUGCAGGAGGGCAGCAAGGUCAACCUGGAAAGGGCGGUCAGCGCGAGCACGCGCAUGGGCGGACAUUUCGUGCAGGGCCAUGUGGACACGGUGGCGACGAUCGAGAGCGUGACGCCGGACGGCAAUGCGUUCACGUUCCGACUGAAGCCUCGCGAGACGGAUAUUCUGCGAUACGUGGUUGAGAAGGGCUACAUCACGCUCGACGGCGCGAGUCUGACGAUCACGAAAGUCGACGAUGCGCAGGGCUGGUUCGAGGUCAUGCUGAUCGCGUAUACUCAAGAGCGGGUGGUCAUGGCAUCAAAGAAGCCUGGCGAUGAGGUCAAUGUCGAAAUCGACGUCGUGGGCAAGCUCGUCGAGAAGAGCAUUGUGGGAUACUUUGAGAGCACGGCAAAGGAAGGCGCGCCCGCCAUUCUGGAGAAGAUCGUCGGAAGACUGGUCGAGGAGAAGCUUAACACGUUGCAGAGGUAG